UCUCAGCCAAUCACAGAAGCCCGUCUACAUGGAUCACAAACAGCGUGUUAGGUUGUCUCUGUUCAGUGUUGUCAUACCCACCAUGUCUGAGCUUGUUGGUGUUUUUUAUGUUUUAUCCUGAUUAUUGAUCUCCGUUACGAUGAGUAGCUUUUGUAGAGAAGUCAUCACUCUCCAGUUGGGACAUUAUUCAAACUUUGUCGGGACUCACUGGUGGAAUUUACAGGAUGCGUCUUUAUCAUACGAUCCAGAUGGGCCGCCGAGUGAGAUCCAGAGCGAUGUCUUGUUUCGUGAAGGACAGACUCUGGGCGGACAUGUCACUCACACGCCUCGCCUCAUUGCCAUGGAUCUCAAAGGAAGUCUUCGGACUCUACGGCAGGAGGGAAGUCUGUAUGACGCCGGCAAGGACACCUCUGCCGUCACAUGGGAUGGAAGCCUCAUGGUGCACAGAGAAAGUCCUCCUGAUAAGAACCCCUUUCUUGACGAUCUGGACAAGUUGGAUAGAGGGGAGAUCCUCGCUGAAGUUGAUUUUUACUCCAGUCCCCAGCCUCAGCGCUCUGCAGGUGCAGUGAGUGUGAACACUGUGAACAGCCAGCUGGCUCGAGUCCAGAAGGCCUACAGGCUAGAGGGCAGCGUGAAGGUGUGGUCCGACUUCCUCCGGAUCCACCUGCACCCUCGCACCAUCUCUGUCAUCCACCAGUACAACCAUGACGGGGAGUCUCAGCGUCUGGAGGCUUUUGGCCAGGGAGAGGCUCUCCUGCAGGGGUCGGUGCUCGAGCAGCUGGAGGACAAACUGCACUUCUUCGUAGAGGAGUGUGAUUACCUUCAGGGUUUCCAGGUUUUUUGUGACCUGGCUGAUGGCUUCGCAGGCCUGGGGUCAAAGGUCACAGAGAUGCUGCAGGACUCUUAUGGUGGCAGAGGCAUCCUAACCUGGGGGUUAGCACCUGUCAGUCACCCGGAUUCAACUCCAAUGAAGGACCUCUACCACAUGUUGAACUGCACAAUAGGGACCGUCCACAUGGCCAGUCACAGCUCUUUCUUCUGCCCGUUGACCCUGCGUGGUGGACUAGGCAGACGACCGUCCGCUCCCCCUGCAUUCCCACACCUCAAUUAUGAUCCCUCAGUGUGGUACCACUCCAGCGCUGUGCUGGCUUUGGCCCUCGAUGCCCUCACUUUGCCUUACAGGCUGAAGAACAACAGCGUCCCCAUGUGGCAGGUGGCAGACUCACUCGCCGUGUCUGGGAGAAAGGUGGUGGCGGCUUACGGCGCCCUCCCCUUUCCCAUGAUGCACGGCAGCUGUCUCCCCGACGCCCUGAGUGCCUGCGCAGAUGCGUUGCCAUGGAAACCUCUAUCUGCUUGCUCCGAACCCGGCGACGGUCGAUGCUACGGCCAGUGGGCGACGCUCAGAGGCUUCGAGGGUCAGAGACUCAUCAGCUCUCACGCUCGAGGGACUAAACCGCCCACUCCUCUGCACAGCCUCCACAGCGGUGAAGACGUCCUGGAUUCCUACAUCAGAUCUUUCUAUCCUACAGCUCCUCUGGCUCUGCAGUUGGUGUCUGAACCCAGCAAGCUGACGCCACCUUUCCCUCAGAUAUUCAGCCAGUCCCUCUAUGCUCAGGGUUUCCUGCAGAGCCAGCGUUUCCCUCCUGGCGUGCCGGCCCCCGUGGUCUCCUCUGCACCCGUCAUGACGUCUCUCCAGUCAGGGCCUGCGCUUGGCCCGUGGCUGUCCGAGCUGCAUCGCGGAGCCACCACUUCGGACAUCCGUCGCGCGGUCCCCAGCUUCCUCUCCCAGGGGCCCGAAAUGGCCGACUACGAGGAGGCCCUGGAGGAGCUGCGCCUGAUGGCCAGGUGUUACCGCGACGACAGCGGCGGGGUGAUGCGCUCUUCCUCAGAAGAGGAUGAUGAUGACUGACACUGGCAGUCUCAGGGCCGUGGUCUGGAUAGACUGAUGACUGCUUAGCUGACUGGCAUCAAGCCUGCAUGCACUCCGACGGACAGAGCGACGAAGAGGAGCUGGGCCUCAGGAUUACAUGGUAACGGAAAGAGGUGAAACCUGCUCAUAGGUUGAAAACAGACUUGGAGACUACAAGACACGGAUGAGGGAUUAUUAGGAAGUUGGACCUCUACGUGUGUAGUAUUCAGUGAGGUGAAGGAUGAAGCAUCAUGUGACUGUAUGGAUUCUGGUUACUGACUGUUUAUCUGUAAUUAACUGUUUUAUACGAAGUAUACACGAUAAAAUGACUGAAAAUACAUUGACAUGUAUGUCACACCUCUGUUUUGGGCACAGGUUGUUCUGACCACCUGAAAGAGUUCAUAGCACAGAUGUUUAGAGUGAUAAGGGUGCUCCGACGAAUCGAUCGACAUUUGUUCUUCUUUGUAAAAGCCGAUCAGAUGACGCAUUGAUUCUGAUAUGAAACGUUUUCAACUCAUUUUCCUGCUUUCUCACCUGCUCUUUAAUCUGCUCUGAGAGCGACACAGCUGGACACAAGUGAAUCUGUCAAGAAAACACACUGAUAAUCUAUAAAAGAUAUACGGUACUAUAAAUGAUCUGAUUCCGUUAAAUGAUUCAAAUAUGCAUUCCCUGCUUA